AUGGAAGAAGCCAAAAGCCAAAGUCUGGAGGAAGACUUUGAACGACAGGCUACACAUACUGGACCCAAAGGAGUAAUACAUGAUUGGAGAAAGUUUAAAUUAGAGAGUGAAGAUAGUGAUUCAAUUCCACCUAGCAAGAAAGAAAUUCUGAGACAGAUGUCUUCUCAGGGAAGAGAUGAUAAAGAUUCAAAAGAAAGAGUCUGCAGGAAGAUGAGUAUUCGAGAAUAUGAGCUAAUCCACCAAGACAAAGAAGAUGAAAAUUGCCUUCGUAAAUACCGUAGGCAGUGUAUGCAGAACAUGCACCAGAAGCUGAGUUUUGGGCCGAGAUAUGGGUUUGUGUAUGAGCUGGAAACUGGAGAUCAAUUCCUGGAAACCAUUGAGAAGGAGCAGAAGGUUACCACCAUUGUGGUUCACAUUUAUGAAGAUGGUAUCAAAGGUUGUGAUGCUCUAAACAGUAGCUUAACAUACCUUGCGGUCGAACACCCUAUGGUCAAGUUUUGUAAAAUAAAAGCAUCUAACACAGGUGCUGGUGACCGCUUUUCCUCAGAUGUGCUACCUGCACUGCUCAUAUACAAAGGUGGAGAACUCAUAAGCAAUUUUACUAGUGUUGCUGAACAGUUUGCUGAAGAAUUUUUUGCUGGGGAUGUGGAAUCUUUCCUAAAUGAAUAUGGACUACUACCUGAAAGAGAGAUGCUUGCUCUAGGGCAGACUGCCAAGGGAGAAGAUAUUGAAUAA